AUGUUAAUCUUAUUCUCGUUCUUUCUUUAUACCUUUUGCUUGACUCAAACUAGUUCAGAAAGAUUAUAUUUGUGGGCGUCUUCUUUUAUCUUUUCUAGAACAAGCAAAACAGAAUGUGAAGGUUUCCUUGAGGCUGUGAGUUGUGGAAACACUAUUUGGAAACCAUUUGAAGCCUUCUCGACCCAGAAUAUAAAGGAUGAUUUAGACAUAGAAACUGCCUCCUUUAGUACACCGAUUCAAGCCUAUUAUCCUAUCUUUCUGCCAGCUUUGAGUGAAAAAAUGUCUUCAUCUCAAGAAUUACUAACAGUCAGCAAUAAACUAAAUUCUAAUCAACAACAAUAUAAAAAUACUUCUAAAACAGAACCACUUCAAUCAAAGAAACAAACACUCUCAAUAACAAAGCGCAUUGCUAAAUUGUUUAUAUUUCAAAAAUAUGUCAACAAGAAGAGAUAUGCAUCAUCAAUGACUAAAGGUGAUGAUCAUCGUUUAUCCUCUGACAUUUUAUUCCCUGGAGAUCAAAGGACAUCUUUAGAAACUUCGGUAGCUAAGGAACAAAAUAAAGUGUUGGUCACGCAUCCCAUAUCUUGUGCCACUCAAGAAAGCUUAGCUACUACUUUAAAAAAGAAGCCGAAGCCAAAAAAGAAAUCAGAGUCCUUCGUAUUUAGAGGAGGAGGAGAAAAGCUUUCGAAAUUCAAAAAGUUUUUUAAAUACAAAAAGCUUUCGUGUCUUGACAAUUCCUUCUUCAAAUCUCUUUCAAGUAAUAAUAAAGAAAAAAAGAGGCGGCAAGUAUCGUUAAAGAGAGAAAUACAGAGAGUAAACAGAGAGACAAGCGAGCAUAUGGCAAUGCAAAAGAUUAUAGGUCAAAUCAAUGAAAGAGAAAAGCUUAUGUCAGAGAUGUGGAAAGAGCAACAAUUAAAAGAUAAAAUAAUGGAAAAAGAAAAAAAAAGAUCUCAUAAUUUGUUAGAUAAAUUUUAUCAUGAAGGAGAAAGUGUAUAG